UGCGCUGCUGCCGCUCCUGGAGCUGCGGCUGCUGCUUUCCCCGCCUGCCUCAGCGCUCCGCCCUGCUGUCAUGCCAGCGGGGGUGGCAGCAGAAUGUCCACACCCUCAGCCUGUGCUGCCUCUAUGCUGGGAUCAGCUCAGUGAGAGCUCUCACAGAGUGUCACAGGAGGCCAUCCUGCUCUGUGUCCCCAGAGAAAUGUCACAGUAGGGGUACACGCCUUUCGAGCAUCAAAGCCCUCAGGGCAGCACAGUGUGAGGCAGCCUUGUCCCAGGGGUAGGCAGUGAGUCACCCCCAGGUGCUGCCUCCUGCUCACGGGGCUCACAGCUCAGCAGUGAUGGCAGCCCCAACCAGCUGUGCCUUUCCGGGUGCAGGCAGCUUCCCAGGACCUUGGGGCACCCGGUCCCGUUUAUCCUGAUUCCUGAGGAGGGAGGUGUGCAGCCUGACUGGCUGCAUUCAGGAUCAGCCCAGCAAUUUUCCAUCCUGCUGAGCUCUCCUUGGCUAGGAGUGAGCCUGGAUCCCUGCAGCACGUGCCUCAUGAGGGACAUGACGUGUAUCACAAGCAUCACCCAGAUAAUGUCCAGCAUCCCUCUCAGCCUGCCAGUCACUGCCAACACCCCAUCCAACAGGCUGCACCCCACCACCACAGUCUGGCCCGGUGCUGGGGUGCCCGUGUUCACUGCAGCAUGGAUGCACGGGGCCAGCGCAAUGCGGCGUUCGACAACACGGCCCAGCCUGCUGCCUGCUGCCCCGACUGGAUGGCAGCGCUGCCUGACGCCUUGCCGCUCUCCCGCCUCUCCAUCCCCGGCACACACGACUCCCUCAGCCUGUUUGGUGGCCGGCGCCUGCGCUGCCAGAGCUGGGGCCUGGAGGCCCAGCUGGCAGCUGGCGUGCGCUUCCUGGACGUGCGCUGCAAGCUGGAACAGGGUGAGCUGCGCGUCUACCAUCUGUGUGCCUUCCAGCGGGUCAGCCUGCGGGGCGUCCUGCGUCGCACCCUGCGCUUCCUCCGCGCCCAUCCUGGCGAGGCUGUGUUGAUGCGCAUCAAGGAGGAGCUCCCCUUCUUCCCGCGGACCCGCUUUGCUGCCCGGCUCCAGCGAUGCUUGCUGGAGGAGAGCAGAGGUCGGCUGUGGUGCCGGGAGGAGGUGCCCACGCUGGGCCAGGUGAGAGGCAAGAUCGUGGUGCUGGAGGCGCUGGAGCGGGCAGUGCUGGGCAUCCCCUACGAGCGGCUGAGCAUCAGCGAUGCGUGGAACGUACUCUCACUGGAGAGGAAAUGGGCACGAGCACAGCGGCACCUGGACGCAGCAGCCAGUGGGGACCCUGCCACUAUGCACCUCACCUUCUGCUCCGGCAAUGGGCUCUUCACUUGCCCCGAGGACGUGGCCCGCUUCGUCAAUCCUCAGUGCUAUCAGCACCUGCAGCGCUGCUCGGGGCAGCCGGUGUGCUGGGGAGUGGUCAUUUUGGACUUCCCUGGAGCAGGCCUGCUCCAGCUCAUCAUUGAGAGCAACGUUCCAGGGACAAAUGGAGGUGUGCCAGGUGCCCCCAGCACCCCACAGACACCCCAGCGGCAGCGGGGACGAACGCUGCAGGUGGCACCGCUGGGGCCGGUGUCUCCCAUGCUGAGGGCAGCCUCACAUGUCAGCCGACAGACAUCAGUGCAGAAGGAUGCCCGGAGAUCCCACACAGCGCUGAGACACCUCUAUGUGACAUCUGUGUGACAGCGGCGGGGCUGGCAGUCAGAGGUUAGUGGCCUGAGCUCCUGCUGUGCAUGGCAUCCCUCCAGGAGCCAGGUAUGGUGUUGGUGAGGUGGGGGAGAGCCCCAGCAUGGGUCUAGGCCAGCAAGAUCCGCAGUGGAGUUGGGGAUAGAAUCAAUCAUAGAACCGUUUGAGUUGGAAAGGACUCUUAAAGGCCAUCUGGUCUGCAGUGAACAGUGACACCCACAGCUCCAUCAGGAGCUCAAAGCUCCAUCCAGCCUGACCUUGGCUGUCUCCAGGGAUGGGGCACCCACCACCUCUCUGGGCAAUCUGUGCCACUGCCUCACCACCCUUAUGGAAAUAAACUUCUUCCUUAUAUCCAAUCUAAUUUCCUCUCUUAGUUGAAACCAUUUCCCCUUGUCCUGUCAAAGCAAAGCCUGCCAACGAGUCUGUCUACUUUUGGGACAGGAGAUGGAAUGGAGUGGAAAAGUCCUGUUCUUAAAUGCAUCCAGAGAAGGGCAACAGAGCUGUGAGGGGUCUGAAGCACAAGUAUUAUUAGGAAACAUUUCUUCUCGGAAAGAGUGGUUGGGCACUGACACAGGCUGCCUGGGGAGGUGGUGGGGUCACCAUCCCUGGAGGUGUUCAAGAACCAUGGCACUGAGUGAGGGACAUGUUCAGGGGGCAUGGUGGGAAUGGGUUGGGGUUGGACUAAAUGAUUUUGUGAUUCUAUAAUAAACCACAGAUGUGGAAAGCUAGAAUGUGGAGAAGGAGGAAUUAAUUUCAAAAUGACAGCAAAAUAUUGGGGACACUCUUGCCCCCAUUAUUUUAGGUGGAGUUAUUUUCUUUGCAGAGUCUCACCCCACAAGUCUGGACUUUGAGAGAGGAACCAUCCAACUCCAAGACAAGCAGCAGGACCAGAAUG